AUGGCAACUAUAAAAUUUAAUGAUGAAAGUCUUGCAGAAAGCGAUGAGGUCUUCUUUCCAAAUACUUAUAUGAUCGAUGUAGAACCAGAUUAUAAUAAUUUUACAGCCAUUCAAAAUACAUUACAAUAUGAUAAUGAACAAAAACAAACAAAUAUAAUUACUCAUUAUCGUAAUCAUUCAAGUGAUAAUCAAUAUCGAGCAAUACAUACUCAAAUUGAACCAUCUUCAUUACGUCAUUCUCAUUCUAAUCAAAUACUUGAUAUAAAUACUCAAAAUUCAUUUAAUUCUUCUACUAUUCCUAUAAAUAUUCAAUCAAAUAAAAUCGAUGGGCAUAUAUUUAAUUUAACUAAAAUAGUUACAGAUAUAGGUUGUAACCUUGAUAGUCCAUUUCUACGUGCGUCAUCAAAUUCAAGUACAAAAAAUGUUAGUGCCUUAUUAAAUAUCGUAUUAAGCAUGGGAGGUGCACGUGGGCCCCUUGUUAAUGUUUGGCGUUCGCAUAUUAAUAAUGAUUAUUUUCAAAGAUGGUAUCUUGAGAGAUAUUACCCACGUUCUGCAUCAUUGAUUCAACGUAAUACCCUACAUAAUAUGAAUAAAAAAACAACGCAAUAUGCACAAAAUCGUGAGUAUAAAUCACACUUAGUUAUUGAUCAUUUAGUUUCAAACGAAAUAUUACCAACAAAACAAAUGAUGAAUGAAAAUUAUUAUCAAAAUGAAAUUAACAAAAUGUAUGGCUAUGAUCAAAUGAAUACCAUGAAUACAAUAUCGAAUUAUUCUUCAGUAAAUGGAAUAGAAUCAAACAAUAAUUUAAAUUUUAAUCCACAGUCAAAUUAUCCUUCAGUAAAUGGAAUAGAAUCAAACAAUAAUUUGAAUUUUAAUUCACAAUCAAAUUAUUCU